UCCACAGAACAAUAUACUUGUCUCACUCCAUUCUGCAUUGUUUUCUUUUUCCCAAUGUGUCAAACUAAUUUCCCCUACUACACGAGGUUUUUCGUGAAAUUUGUGUUCGCAGUUUUAACUAAAUAAUCCAGAAGUUGCAUUUUAUUUUGUUUUAAAUAAGCUUUGAAAUUAAUUUAAAGAAACAAACGCAAUAUGCCUAAAACGAAAAAACCAAAAAGCAAACCUAAGAAGAAGGUAAAAAUACAUGAAGACAAAGAGCCGGUCGAAUUGUCUCAAGCUCCACAUUCGUUCAUCAUCCAUCGGGGUCUAUCAUGCCCGUACAUCAAAGAUCUUACUGCGGAUUUCCGUCGAUUGAUGGAACCUUUCACGGCCACCAAUCUAAAAGAAAAGAAAGCCAAUCGCAUCAAGGACUUCGUCAGCUUAAGUGGCGUUUUCAGUGUCAGCCACAUGGGAAUAUUCAACAAACGAGCCACACAACUUUCCUUCAAGAUUGUUCGAAUGCCUCGCGGUCCAACGCUGACCUUCAAAGUACAUGAAUUCACUUUGGCACGAGAUGUAUUGACAAUCCAUAAGAAGCAAUAUGUAAAUGAGGAGAUGUUCCAACACUCGCCAUUGGUUAUAUUGAAUAACUUCACUGGGGAGGGAAAACACAUAAAAUUGAUGGCUCACUCGUUCCAGAACAUGUUCCCGUCAAUCAAUUUAGCGCAGGUGAAUGUGUCGACUAUGAAGCGAUGUGUUUUGUAUUCGUAUAAUCCCGUGACAAAGCUGGUGGAGAUGAGACAUUACAGCAUACAAAUUGUGCCUGUGGGACUGCACAAGGGUGUGAAGAAGAUAGUUCAGGGAAACAUUCCCAAUUUAUCUAAAUGCACGGAUAUAUCAGACUACUUCCUGCAAGGAGGCAAUGCAUCUGAUUCGGAGAUGGAGGAUGAAGAUGAAACGACAACUGUGAGAGAUGUCAAUCCCAAAAUCCAAUGCGAGAACAACAAGUCAUCCAUUAAGUUGCACGAAAUUGGUCCGAGGUUAACUCUGGAACUGGUUAAGAUCGAGGAUGGAUUGUUGACAGGGGAAGUACUGUAUCACUCUACCGUGACGAAGACAAGUGAAGAAAUUGAAGCCAUUCGAGCAAAGGUGGAGAAGAAACGCAAGCAAAAGGAGCACGCCAAGAAAGUACAGAAGGCCAACCAGGAGAAGAACAAAAAGAAGGACGAUUCAAGGAAGAAGGGUUACGUGCCGAACGAUAGAGAGGACAUGGAAGACGACCACGAUGAAGAUUACUAUAGGGAGGAAGUUGGCGAGGAACCAGACGAAGAGAUUUUCAGAACGAGAGACACCAAGUACAGAAAGAGAAAGCAUUCGAAAUAAAAAAAAUAAUAUAAUUGAUGUUAAUGAAUAAAAUGUUUUUUAGGAGAUACAA